GCUGAGUGCUGCAGAUCAAAAAAUGUCUUAGUGGGAGAGUGGUGCGGAGUGGCCGCGAAGGUUUUGGUAUGAACAGGAUUCGGAUCCACGUCUUGCCGACCAAUCGGGGUAGGAUUACCCCAGUGACCAGGUCUCAGGAGCCCCUCUCUUGUUCAUUUACUCAUCGCCCAUGCUCGCAACCUCGUCUGGAGGGGCAGGAAUUUAGCAUUAAACAUAUUCUUGAAGAUAAGAAUGCACCCUUCAAGCAGUGUAGUUAUAUAUCGACGAAGAAUGGGAAAAGAUGUCCCAGUGCUGCCCCAAAGCCGGAGAAGAAAGAUGGGGUGUCCUUCUGUGCUGAACAUGCCCGUAGGAAUGCCCUGGCACUUCAUGCUCAAAUGAAGAAGACUGGUCCAGGCCCUGUGGGUGAAACACUCUUGUGCCAGCUGAGCUCAUAUGCUAAGACAGAGCUGGGGUCUCAGACUCCAGAAAGUAGUUGCAGUGAAGCCAGCCGAAUUCUGGAUGAAGACAGCUGGAGUGAUGGGGAGCAGGAACCCAUUACUGUGGAUCAGACAUGGAGAGGUGACCCUGACAGUGAAGCUGAUAGCAUAGACAGUGAUCAAGAAGAUCCCCUAAAACAUGCUGGUGUCACCUACACAGCUGAAGAAGUGGCCCUGAUUAUGCGUGAGAAACUAAUUCGUUUACAGUCUUUGUACAUUGGUCAGUUUAAACGACUUCAGCAUCUGCUCAAAGAGAAAAAGCGACGUUACUUACAUAAUCGCAAAGUGGAACAUGAAGCUCUAGGUAGUAGUCUCCUGACUGGCCCAGAGGGACUUUUGGCCAAAGAACAAGAGAACCUAAAGCGUCUAAAAUGUCUUCGGCGGUAUCGUCAGCGCUAUGGAGUGGAAGCCUUACUGCACAGGCAGCUGAAGGAACGCAGAAUGCUGGCCACGGAUGGUGCCGCCCAGCAGGCACAAACCACUCGUUCCAGUCAGAAGUGCUUGGCUUUUGUGGAUGAUGUUCGUUGUUCUAAUCAGUCUCUCCCAAUGACCAGACACUGCCUUACCCAUAUUUGUCAGGACACGAAUCAGGUUCUCUUCAAAUGCUGCCAGGGGUCUGAAGAGGUGCCCUGCAACAAAGCAGUUCCUGUAAACCUCUCUGAGGAUCCCUGCUGCCCACUGCAUUUCCAGUUGCCUCCUCAGAUGUAUAAGCCCGAGCAGGACUUGGAUGUCGUGGGUGAUGGUACACAAUGCCCUCCUUCACCCUUGCUUUUUGAUCCUUCACUGACCCUUGAAGAUCAUUCAGUCAAAGACAUUGCUGAAGGCACAGUGGAUAUUUUGGGCCAGAUGCAGAUGGCCGGAGAUGGAUGCAGAUCACAGGGAUCUCGAAAUUCUGAGAAAGGCUCUGCAGCAUUGCCUCCGAGUGGAAUGGCUACUGCAUAUGGGAAGCCAGAACCCACUUCUAUCAGUUAAUAGUUUUGGGGGGAACCAUUUGACUUUGGAGGAUUUGAAUUUCCUGUUCUUUAAACAAGUACUUCUGACCAUCUCUCACUAAAGGACAACCCAGACCCGUUUGUUCUUCUUCUGGGUUACUGAGUGCUGUAGUCAAACAUAAACCAAAUUUUGGGGGAAGAGACCAAGUGUCUAAAAGUUGUGGGUGUCUUCCCACUCUGGGCAAGGAAGAGAGACAGAGGUGAAUCUGCUGCUGUGAUUGAGCAAAUAUUUGGGACUUUGUGCCUAAGAGGAGACA